AUGCAGAAGACGCGCGCGCUCGCCGCGCCGAAGGAAAUGCGCGUCGGGUCGCUCCUCUGCGCGGCGCUCUCUCCGCACGACGACGGCGCCACCAUCGUCGUCGGCGGCGAGCGCGCGACCGCGCUCGUCUUCGACCUCCGCGCGCCGUCCUCGCGCGUCACGGCGCACGCUCUGAGCGCGUCCACCGGGUGCUUCGACGCCGACGACGCGGUGAACGCGGUGGCGUUCAACCCGACGCGACCGCACGCGCUGUACUGCGCGUCGGGCGCGCGCGUCGACGCGUGGGACCUUCGCGCGCUGCCGUCGACGACGACGACGACGAGAUCGAAAUCGAAAUCGAAAUCGACAUCACCGUCGUCCGGCGGCGGCGGCUCGGCCCUGGGGUCGCCGCUGCAUCGCUACGCGUUCAACGCCGACGAGAUCAACUCCAUCGUCAUCGACGCCAAGGGCGGCGCCAUGGCGUGCGCGGACGACGCCGGCGAGGUGGUCGCCGUCGACGUCUCGUCGCCUUCGAGCGUCGACGGGAAACUUCUCAAGCGAUUACGCGUCGGCGGUCACUCCAACAUCGCCUCCGGCGCGUGCUUCCGCGAGCACAAGCCGUGGGACGUCGUCAGCGGCGGGCUCGACUGCGCGAUCGUGAAGUGGGAUCGAAGCCGCGCGAGCGCGGUGGCGAGCUGGAGGGUGAGCGACCUCGCCGCGGAGGACGACGCGGCAGCGGCGGCGGACGACGACGACGACGCGGCGGCGGCGGCGGCGUCGACGUCGAACGCGAUGAACCCGCCGAUGGUGCACGCGGUCGCGGUCGCGUCCGCGGUCGAAUGCGGCGCCGCGCUCGACCCGCGCGCGAGACGGCUGGUCGCCGCCGCGUGCGGGGACGGGACCGUCGCGCUCGUGGACGUGGACCUUCCGGCGGCGGCGGCGCGAGGGGCCGGCGGAGGGAAGGGGAAGUCCAAGCGCGGCGGCGCGGGCGGCGGCGGCGACGCGAGCGGCGGUAACGGCGGCGGCGCGUUCGGCGGCGCGAGGAGGGCGGUGUUCUUGGGACGCCGCGGUGGCGGGCACGCGUCCGCGUGCACCGCGGUGCGUUUCCCCGGGCGCUUCGACGGCGCCAGGGUGCUCUCGGGCGGGAACGACGGCGUCGUGAAGCUGUGGGACUGGCGCGUCGCCGCGGGGAUGGCCGACUCGGGUGCCGACUCGGGUGCCGACGCGGGUGCCGACGCCGCGCCCGCACCGCCCGCGGCGACCGGUCUCGUGUGCGAGACCGCGCACGGGCGGAAGGUGAACGCGUUGACGUGCCGCGGCGCCGACGCCGGCGGCGGCGGCGGCGGCGAUUGGCUCUUCGUGUGCGACACCUCCUCGCGUCUCUCCGCGUACGCCCUGCGCGGAUAG